AUGACGUGUGUAGACGAACAUGACUUUGGUAUGGGAUAUUUGGAGACUAUGCGAGUGGUCAGAAAUUUUGGAUCGCACUGGGGAAUAGUUCCAUCAGACGCUGAGGGUGAAGAUGAGGAUGAUCAGCCAGCCGAUCAACCUGCGCCAGAGCCGAGACCGAGACGCAGGAAUGUAAGAGGAAGGGGGAGACCGCGGGCAGCCAACACACCCAACUGCUUCCAUGGCGGCACGAUGGAAAAUGUGGUUCGGCAUCUUGGGGUGGAGCAGCCGUCUCAUUUAGGGUAUCAUUACCCGAUUUGCCCGCGUUGGUCGGAGUAUGGUGGUCGUGGAGGUGAUGAAGCUGGUACCAGUGGAGCGCAUGAAAAUGAGGCGGAUGAUUGA